GUAGGUAUUUUAAUGCAGCCAGAUAUGAAGGAUACCUGGCUGGUUGUAAGUGAGAUAGACGGGCAGUCUGAGCAUGCAGAGAUGGAGGUCAGCGAGGAGUCUCUUGUGCAGUGCCCUGAAUCCCAGUCAACUGUUGCUGUAUAUGAAUGCACUGUGCCCUGCUUUACAUCAGCUGCCCUUCACAGUGAAGUUAAGCUGCUGAUAACUGACAAAGAAGAGGCGGGACCAAUGGAAACAUUGAUGCAAGACUCACAAGCCCAGAGUGAUCUAGGGAAUCAGACCUCAUCUCAUCCUGAUGCACUCAAACCCACAGAAGAGUUACUUACCAUGGCCUCUACGCAAAAAGAAGAAUCUAUAAUUGUCAAGCAAAACGAUGAUUCAACUCACACUGAUCUUGCAAACACGUUGACAGGGUUAACGUCCACAGUGAUGGAUGUCACACUUGAGUCUGUGCGAGAGCAGCAAGAAUCUGUUGUGGUGGAAAACACACCAGGUGUGUCAUUAAGUCCAUUGUCUUGUGGGACGAUUGAUCCAAAACUACUGAUCCUAAAGAAGGGUGACAGCCCUGCCCUUAAGCAACCUUCUUCGAUGUCUGCUAGGAUCUCAACCAAGCAGAACUUACCUGCCCUGGCUGGAUCGCCCAGUGAUGGAUUAAAUAAAGCUGCAGAGUGCCUUGCUAAAACUGAAUCAGCUGUAUCCUCCAUCAUAAAGGAGGAUGUUAUGUUAUCUGCUGACCGCCCUAUCUCAAACACUCUCUCUCAGUCCUCUCGGACUGUUUCCACUUCUAAUGUACUUUCACAGAACAGCUCUGUGAAAGAAAACUUAAAUAAAUCAAACAGUUCUGGCAAGUUGCUUCAAAACGAAUCCUCUGCUAGCGCUUCUUUGUCAACUUCAGGUCAACUCCCUAACUCAAAAAGCCGCUUUUCUCCUUCUGCUGGAGAUAUGUGGAGUGCUGUAUCCAGUGUUGUCCCAGAUGGGAAUCAGUGUAAACGUUGUUUGGGUGGUACACUAUGCCAGGAUUCAAUGACUUUGGGGGGUGAACUGGAGUUGGAGCAGCAGCAGUUACCGGAUGAACUUUUGUCAACAAUGCAAGAUGCUCAGAACUCCAUCCUGGAGCCGCUUGAUGCUUCUAUAGAAGAGAGCAGCGAUGCAGAGGUUGACAGCUCUGUGGAUGUCCAGAAUGAGGACAGCAAUGCUACGCCCAGUCCAUCAGCGAACAAGCGUGGGCAGAGCAGGACAGACAAACAAGGCUUGUUAUUGAAGGUGGUCCAGUAUAAACAACAGUCCAGACUGGAAGAGAAGCGGAAGAAGGCUCUAGAUCUCCAGCUUGAUUUCAUUGUGGGUCAGACAGAGCGUUACUCAGACAUGUUAAGUCAGUCCCUGCAGGCUGCUCCUGUACACAGUUCUGACACUGCAGCUGUCUCCAAACAAUCACAGCUAAAUGCUGUUGAUGAGGAUGAUAGAGACUUUGAGCCACCUUGUGAGGAGGAAGAUGAUGAAGAGACCAUAGAAGUAGAGGAGCAGCAAGAGGGGAAUGAUGCAGAGACACAGAGACGAGAGAUAGAGUUACUAAGGGAGGAGGGCACUCUGCCUCUAGACCAGCUGCUCAGUACUUUAACUCUCCCCCAGGACGGUGAAUCAGAAGAAGAAGCCUCAGAUACUUCAUCUUCUGCAGUUGGAGAGGAAGACAAAGAAUUCAGUGCCAAUGAAGAAGAUGGUUUAGUGUGUAGCAGUGCCGGUUCUAAAGCAGGACAGUCUGGGGAAGAGGCGGUGCAGCAGCGCACCUGUCCGGCAGUGGCUGUGCAGGGUGGCACCUCCGCGGCUGCGCAGAAUGUGGCCGGGCCACCCCAGCAUGCCCUGCAGCCAGUCGCAGCUGCCACUCUACCACCAUCAUCGGUUGACGUUGCCACUGCAUUGCAGCAGAAAGGAGACUCAAAGGCUGCAUUUAAAGAGCAGACCAUCGCUCACAUUCAAAGAAACAGCGGCACAGAGGAAUCAGAGAUCUCAUCCGUCCAAAGAGGACUGGUGUCAGCUACUGCUGAAGACACACAAAAACUUACAGACACAUUGGAGGGUCGGACUCCCUCAGACAGACUUUUUGAAAGUGGGACGGAUAGCAUUACACAAAAACAGGAUUUGCUUUACAGGUGUAACAAAGAGCAAAGUAGUCUUGCAUACAGGGAGACCGAUAUGGCGGAAGGAUCCAGCACAGGCCACUGCCAAGAUUGGAGCCAACACCCUGGAGAUGCAGGGG